UUCUAGAUCUACUUGCGUACAGAAAAAGGACGAAAAUAUGGACGGAGAUGUAGACGGUUUAGAUGAACUAUUCGAAGAAAAUGAGAAUGCUAACGAAGAGCAAAAUGCAGAAAAUAAAGAUAGAAAUGAACCUCAAGUCGUUCCUGCCCCAAAACGAAUUGUGAAGCACCCUCGACUGAAAUUUAACGCGGAAAGAUUGUGUGGCGAACGAGGUAUACCUGUUGUAGUGAAACAUUUCAAAGAUGUAAAAUUUAAAGGACCUGGACAUGAAGAAGAAGAUCUUGAUAAGCUUCUAGCUAAACUUGAACAUUGGGCUCAUCGACUUUUCCCAAGCAUGAAGCUGGAAGAUUGUCUCCACCAGAUUGAAAAACUGGGAAAAAAGAGACCUGUUCAGACAUGUCUGCGUAAAAUAAGGCUGGAUAUGCCAGUUUUAAAAAGUGAUUUUGUCCAAUCAGAUGAGGAAAAAGAUGAAACUCAACGUAUGUCAGACCCAGAGAUUCAACCACAAGAUGCAUUUGAUAGUCUUCUUGAGGAUCGGCAAGUAAUGCAAGAUGAAAUACCUGUUUCUACUCCAAUGUAUAAUGCACCAAAAGGCCACAUACUUGGUACUUCAUCUGGUUCUAGUUUAACUGAAGAACAGAAAAAAAGGAUGGAAUAUAAUAAAAUGUUAGCAGCUGAAAGACGCAGAGCAAGAUUAGCUGCUGCUAAUGCAGUUUUUCAGAAUGAUGCACUUAUAUCUUCUCCAGUGCAGGUCCGAGAACUAUCACAUGAAGACAAAAAUCCACAACCAGAGUUUGAUAAACUUUUGAGUUCUGAUACUAGGAUGGAAGCUGAUAACCAAAUUGAACACCAAGUGGUUAUUAAUGAGGUCAGUGAUAUAGAUCGUGAUUGUGAUGAUUUAAUUACUUCUAACUGUGGAGAAAAUUCAUAUAAAUUAAGAAAAGAUAUUGAUAUGAAUUCUGAGAAAUUAGGGCUUGAUUCCUUACUAGAUUUAGUGGAUGAAGAUGAGACAAAGAAAUUGACUGAAGGCCCACUAGGAAGCUCAGUUACUUUAACUUGUGAUGUUAAUGCAGGUCCUUCUCAGUGCAGUAGUAUGUCUGAUAAAUUAUUUACUGCUAAUAAAAAAAGAUCAUUACAUGGUACAUUGAUUGAAAGCACCUUUAAUGUAAACCAAAACGAUGAUAGUAAAAUUACACCUACACAAAUGUUUAGUCAGAAUGGAGGUAAUGAAUUUUCAAGUUCUCAGAUUUUAAUUGAUAAAGUGAAUACAGUGUCUGAAAACUAUGAUAAACCGUUGGAUACUGAUAAUAUGGUGUUGAAUCACAAUGUGAAUGAUGCAUGGAAUAUGAGAGUAUUUUGAAUUCUGUUGAUGAAACUGAAAAGAAUUGUGCACAAGAUAAUUACUUAAUUGCCAAGAAUGAAAAUGGUGUAUUCAGUGACUAUAAUAAUAAAGCAGUUGCAGAUGAUCAAAAGCACUCUAGUGGAAAGUUGUGUAUUUAAAUUCUGAUAUAUUAGAACUUAAUGAAUUAUUGAACUUAGUAGAUGAUGAGAAGCAGACAUCAUCUAAUGAAAAUGUGUAAAUCACUUAAAAAUUGCAUUUCCUUUAUCUAUGUUGUUAAUGAAGGCCAAACUGUACUGUUCCAAAUAAAAGUAUGUUCAUAUCAAA